GUCUGUUUUUCAGUAUGACAGUGUUGAAAGCAUCAAAGUGAGAUGAGAUCGACAUCAACAGUGAGUUCGUAGGAAAAUGUGAGAUUGGUUUUGAAAUCAGUCUGUAUCUUCAAAAAACGUUUACAAAAUACAUACUCAAAUGAUCAUCAAGUUUAACCAGCAGUCAAUAAAGGACAUGGACUUCAACACACUUUUAUUCACUGCAGACCUCCCGGGCUUCCUGUUAAAACAAAUGUAAGAGCCUAUUUUAUUUAAGCACACCGUUUUGAGUCAAUUUGUUAUUAAGUGUUGUCAAAUGGACAAUUUUAAACCUUUAAACUGGAGAAUAAACCUCUUAAUUAUUUAUUUUCAGAGCAGGACUUGUGCCAAGACCAGCUUACCAAGAAACUACUUACUGUCAGACUAGACAUAAAAUCUGCAGGCCUAAAAUUAGAGCUUUGUAGCAUACUCUAAUUGAACAGGGUCAUACGUUUAUGGCCUGAUGUGAACUCCACACAAUGGCACAUGCAGCUUUUAGAUCACCAAUGUCUUAAUGUAUAUGAAUUAAAAAAGUUUGAAUGUAGUAUGCAUUUAAGUUCGUCUUUAAUGUUGUGCUUUCUAUCGUCCUUGACUAGACAUUGACGAUUACCAUGAGCAGCUCCAGAGGGACGCCCACUUCCUGUGCUCGGAUCAGAGGAUGGACACUGAACUGAUGGACAGAUUGGUGCUGCAGCUAAACAGGAUCUACCCCCAGAUACUCAGUGACAAGGAAGCCCACGGGUUCAGGAAGCUGAGCGUUCCCACCAAGGUGCGGUUAGCCGAGUUGUUGAAGCACCUGCACAGGAAGGGUGAGGAGGCAUGUCAUGAAUUCUACAGAGGACUUCACAUCCACGCUGAGGACGUCUACUCCAGCCUGCCCACCAGAGUCAUACAGAAAGAAACGUCUGAUGCAAAAUGGUCUAACACCAUGGCGAUCCACCAAGAGCGACAUGUGCUGAAUGAUAGAGGACCAAUGUUCUUCCUGAGCUGUUUCAGUUUUGCAGUUGGAAUUGCAAUGCUCUACUAUUACGGAGAGGGUGAGACGCUGAGAAGCACCAGCCCUUUUCUUCACUGCUCAGCAGCAAGAUUUAGUAAAGGCGCUAAAGAUAUUCUGAGGUUGGCAGGCGAAAAAAAGAAGACCGUUAGAUGCUGAAUUGCUUGAGGCGCUGUGAGAAGAACAAGCUGUGAAAUUUGCCACUUUGCUGUGCCAAACUCAUACACACUUUGAGAGCUAAAAAUUACACGCAUUUGUAAGCACUAAUUGACUUGAGCCGACAUUAUGUGUGUCAUUCUGUCUUGAAAUUCCCACAGCUGACGUUGCUUUACAUGGAUUUUUGGAAAUAAUCGUAUCUGAAUUUAUUGUGCGUAAAAAACAAUAAUAAUUCCAAUCACAUUUUCAGCUAAAAUGAAGCGGAAUAAUAACUGAGAAAUUGCACCUCCACACAGCUGUUUUCAAAUACUCACAGACACAGACAGAUUAGACUGCUCAGGUAGAAGUUGGGUGGAGCUAUGCAGGGAAUCACAUAAUGUCUACAAAAUAUGCGUCAACACGAAUGACAGAGGGUUAAGCUGUCCCUCUCGAACAGGUACACCUAAACCAACAGGAAAUACGGUAUGUCAAUCAAACACAGCUUGUUGACACACACAGACCUGAGAAGGGGACUAAUUAGGCAACCUAAAUGAAAACGCCUGUGUUGAUUGUUUAAUUUGACAGAGCUCAGGGGCCUAUACUACGAAGUUGGUUCAACCUAACCUGGAUAUGUUUGAGUUAGCCGGUUGGCCUAAUCCAAAACAUACCCGCUCUCGCUAAACUGUACUACGACG